GCCAUUUUUAAUAACCCUUAUGUUAUGCAGAUCUUAGAAAGAAAUUUCUUUCAAGCAUGCAAAUUUACGAGCCAAAACAAAAGACAAACCGAUUGCGAAUUGCCUACUUAUGUGGCCAAAUUAGUGAAACGCCUGCAGGUCAUUUCUUUUUCUUCUGUUGCAUAAGUUUCUCCCUCUCUGCUGGAACGGUUUGCGAAGAAAGAGUUAGUUCCAUAUCUGAGCCAGAUAUGAAUUUGAUCUCCAUUUGAUAACAGAACUUGAAAGUUGAAUAUAUUGUAAAGGAAGGUUAAAGAUUACAAAUGAUUUAUGAAAGGCUCAAGUCUUUUUCGCUGGAAAAAGAUUUUAAUUUACAUAUGUUUUCUAUCUACAACUUUUCUGCUCGUAUCUUUGAUUUCCCUUCUUCAGAAAGUUGAAGAGGAUGACCUGCCGUUUGAUCAAAAAGAUCUGAAUGAGCGAAGAAAUUCCAAUAAUUUCCUCAACUUGGAAGAUGCCUUUAAGCAACCAGUGCCAGAUGUAACGCGACUCAGAUAUUAUCAGAACUCAGCAAAACCAUGCAACUCAAGAACCCCAACUUUACUGGUUUUCGUGCACUCAGCGCCAGCUCAUUUUCUACAUCGGAACUCCAUUCGAAGCACAUGGGGUUCUUUUUCAAACGAUUUAUCAAUUCGAACAGUUUUUGUGAUUGGACAUUCUACGCAAAAUCUUGUAUGGCAGCGAAUCAUACACGAGGCACAGAGCCAUGGAGAUAUCAUACUUGUUGAUAUGCCGGAUUCUUACAAUAACCUAACACUAAAGCAUCUGGUUGGACUUCAUUGGUCACUCAAGAACUGCCCUGACGUUCCUUUCAUUAUGAAAACGGAUGAUGAUGUUUUUGUUGAUAUGUAUCGUUUGGAAAAAACAAUUCUAUUGAAUCUUCCACUUAAUGCUGUUGCUUGUAGAGUUGUACCGGCUGGUACUGUGCCUAAGCGAUCUGGAAAAUGGAAAGUCAAUAGAAACGAGUACCCAUUUGAUGAUUAUCCGGAAUACUGCAGUGGGUUGGCUUACGUCUCAAGGUCUUCUACAUUAAAAAGAAUACUUAAAUCAGCUGUAUCAGGUCAAGUUCCUUACCUAUGGAUAGAUGAUGUGUUUAUUACUGGAUUUUCGGCUGAACACGCAGGUGUGAAGCGAAGAGACUUAAGUGUGUGGUUUGCCAGAACUGAUGAGCAAGUCUUAAAUUGGUUAAGCAAUGAUGGAAUUGUUAAUCCUUUACCCUGGAUUAUAGCAGAAAUUUCCCCUAGAUAUUGGCCGUUUAAUGCUACAGCUAUUUGGAAUAAGACAAUCAAAACUCACGAAAAUAAACAUAUUUGAUUUUUUUCUUUA